GUUCCUGAAGAAGUUGGAUUCCCUGAAAUAUGCAUCGAUGGUGGCACUUUCAUCAGUCGUGUACUUGGUGGUGCUAGUCUUUGUACAUUUUCUCAAGGAUGACAUCGUGGAUAAAGGCCCAGUUGAAGUGUUCAAGCCUUAUUCAACGUCUGCGAUCUUUGCGAGCUUCCCAAUCUUUGUCUUUGCUUAUACGUGCCAUCAAAACAUGUUUUCCCUGGUGAAUGAACUAGAGGAUAAAGGUGGUAAGACCAUCAACAAAGUUAUUGGUGCUUCCAUUGGUACUGCAAUGGUGUUGUACGUUGUCGUUGGUGUCACUGGUUACCUUUCAUUUGGUGAUAACGUCCAGCCAAACGUAAUUGUGGGUUAUCCACACUCUAUAUCAUCAACAGUGGGUCGAAUUGCCAUUGUUAUCCUUGUGAUGCUUUCUUAUCCUUUGCAAUGCCAUCCAGCAAGGGCUUCUAUAAAUCACAUCAUGCAUUACUUCAAAUACGUCAAAGAGGUUUCAAGAAAACCCUCAAGGGCGUCAUUGUUGAGUAACGACAGACAGAGAAAACCUUCAAGGGCAUUAGGAGGCGAUAUCAUAGCAUCCCCUCGUGGGUCGUUUUCUCAACAGAGUACAACAUCAUCUUCAAGACCAAAUGGAGCAUUUGGUACAACUGUCGACUCUGACUUUGAGGAUGAACUCUUGGAGGAAGGUAUUCCUGCAGUUUCUCCACUCAAAGGGAAGAGAUUUGUUAUAAUUACCUCAGUAAUCCUUUGCUUAAGUUACCUCAUUGCAAUCAGUGUGAAGUCUUUGGCACAUGUCCUAGCCUUUGUUGGUUCUACUGGCUCUACAUCGAUUUCUUUUAUCCUCCCAGGAAUAUUCGGUUACCAGCUGAUUGGAUCUGAAUUCAUCGAUCACUCUACAGGAUCAUGGGCCGAUAUGCCUAAAAAGCUUCGACUCUUGAAAUCGUUAUCCCUUGUAUUGAGUAUUUGGGGAGUCCUUGUGAUGACUGUUUGUUUGAGUGCUACAAUAUUCCUCGGAGCUUCAGAAUGAAGAUGAUCUUUGCUGUAUUAUUUAUAUUUAGACGGGUAAUAUAUACGAAAUGAGAUCAA